AUUAGAAGGCUAUUAUUAGCAAGAGAUUCAUGGACUGGUAGCAAGGAGGGAUUAAGUGAUGGAGACCCUGAGUGUGCAGGUGAACAUGUCUGUGGAGGAAGAGAUGAUGGAGGGACCAGAGCUGAAGAACGAGAAACAAAGCACUUCCCUGGUCAAACUCUGGGCAGACUUGGAGGCAGUGAAAGCCCCCUCUGGCGCGGCCCCUCUCCAGCAGGUGAAAUACGAACCGAAAGAGGGGCUGCAGGAGUGCUGGGAAGCCCAGUGGCAGGAGUUCCUCAGGACCCUGCAGGGCCCUCGCUCCGACAGGGGCCACGCUGAGACAGUGGAGGACCCCAUGCCAUGGGCCGACAUGAAGGCCUUCCUGGCCUCCUUUGAGCAAGUUGCAUCCACCUGCCGGUGGCCCCGGGACCAGUGGGUGACUCUCCUCAUGCCAGGACUCAGCGGAGAAGCUGAGGAGGCCUUCAACAGCCUUGGCGGCCAGGAGAGAGGAGACUAUGGGAAGGUGAAGACAGCCAUCUUGCGAGGGGAGGCCCUGGCCAGGGAGAGGCAGCGCCAGGACUUUCGGCAGUUUUGCUACCAGGAGACAGAGGGGCCCCAGGCCGUUUACAGGCAUCUCCAGGAACUUUGCUGGCGGUGGCUGAAGGCUGAGAGGUGCUCGAAGGAGCAGAUCCUGGAGCUGCUGAUCCUGGAGCAGUUUCUGACUGUCCUGCCGCCGGAGAUGCAGAGCUGGGUCAGGGCCCACGGCCCUGAGACUUGCACUGGGGCUGUGCUUCUGGCCGAGGAGUUCCUGUUGAAGGACAGCUCAGUGAAAGAGGAGGAAGAGAGUCCAGGUCCUUUGGGGAUGGUGGCAACUGAGGACUCUUCCCAGGGAGGCCAAUUUUCACCACUAGGUUCAUGGGGAUGGCAGCUGUCCAAGGAGACCAAGCUGGACAUGGAUGAAGACGUGAGUUCCUUUGGUGACGGUCACGGGCAGAAGAACCAAGACAACCAUCUUCAUCAGAGCACUUCUGGGGCACCAGAAGAUGAGAUCCUAAAAACAGACAUCACACCUCAGUACUGCAAGGAGGAAAUGAGGCCUAGGAACCAGGUGGGUGCAGAGACAAAAUGGAAAUCCCAGAGAAGCUUGGAUGAAGCUGUUUCUGCUGGUAAAAGUGAUUCCAAUCCGGAAGAAGCCAGGACUGGCCAUAAAAUCCACCAGUGCCACUGUGGCAAAAGUUUCCGGUGGGGCUCCAAUUUCCGGGUACAUGAAAGAAUUCACACUGGAGAGAAGCCAUAUAAGUGUACGGAAUGUGGUGCCAGUUUUCGUAAAUCUGCCCAACUAAAGGCCCACGAAGGGAUUCACACAGGCGAGGUCCCCUUUCGGUGUUCCAUGUGUCAGAAAACCUUUACCAGUGGAUCCAACCUCAUCGUCCACGAGAGAAUUCAUACGGGAGAGAAGCCGUAUAGAUGCGCGUCGUGCGGGAAGAGCUUCCGGCAAAAGGGGACGCUCACGACGCAUGAAAAAAUUCACAUGGGUGAGAAGCCUUUCAAAUGCUUGACGUGCGGGAAGAACUUCCGUCAGAAGGGAACCCUCACCACCCAUGAAAAAAUCCACCUGGGGGAGAAACCCUACAAAUGUCCCCGCUGCGGAAAGAAUUUCCGCACCUCAGCGGACCUGAGGGUUCACGAAAGGAUCCACACUGGGGUGAAGCCGUAUUGGUGUUCUGUGUGCCUGAAGAGUUUCACUGAUGGGUCAAACCUCAUCACCCAUGAGCGAAUUCACACUGGAGUGAAGCCGUAUCGGUGUGCGCGCUGCGGGAAGAGCUUUUGUCAGAAGUCUGGCCUGAUGACACACGAACGAGUUCAUACAGGAGUAAAUCCAUACAGGUGCUCAGCAGGUCAGAAGCGUUUAGGGGAACGGGCAGAUCUUAACACCCAUCAGGGAGCAAAACUGGGAGAAAGAUCACAGACAAACUUCAUACGGAAGGAAAACUGUAACGCUGGACACAUUGAAAAAUUGGAUCCACAUCGAAAGAGUUUUCCUUGUAACACAGGAGAACUCAUGCUGGAGGAAAGCCACGUGGGUUAACACUGGGAAAAGGUUGAGAAGUAUAGCUUCCACCAUGGCCAGCUAGAGGAGUCUCCCCUUGGUUGUACACAGGAAUACUUGUUCCAGAGGAACAACUAUAUGAAAAGCAACUCUGAGAAAGCUGAGGGGUGGAUUUCUGAUUUCAUAAUGCUCAUGGGGUAUCUCAUGUUUGGAACCUUUACAUUGGGGAAGGGGAGGUUCUGCUGAGAACCACAUUUUUUGGGAGGGGGGGAGAAAUUCAAGAUUUGCAA